AUGUCAGCUAGAUCAGAACAGCCGCAUAGAUAUGACAUUGAAAGAGAUGCUACACCAUACGACUUUCAAGACGGACAGCUAGAAUUCGACAAGAAUUGUGCUACACGAGAUACUAUCGGUGGUCUACAGAGGCGACUCAAGUCACGACAUGUUCAAUUUCUAGCUCUCUCUGGAGCAAUCGGGACUGGUCUCUUUGUCGGCACUGGUCAAGCUCUGUCACUGGCUGGGCCAUUAUCAGCAGUGCUUGCCUAUCUCAUUACUGGGCUCAAUCUCUAUGCUGUGAUUAACAGCAUGGGGGAGAUGGCAACCUGGCUGCCACUCCCAGGCGCUGUUCCUGUAUAUGCAUCUCGAUUUGUUGAUGAAGCGCUUGGAUUCACGCUGGGCUGGAAUUAUUGGUACCAAUUUGCCAUCGGAGUGCCCAUUGAGAUCAGUGCAGCAGCUCUUGUUAUAGACUACUGGGCCAAUGAUAUCUCAUCCGCAGUCUGGAUCACUAUUCUGUAUGCGACUAUCUUUGUCAUAAAUCUUCUCCCUGUCCGAGUAUACGGUGAAUUGGAGUUCGUGCUUGGAUCGAUCAAACUCACGACCAUCAUCGGAUUGAUGCUCCUCAUGUUCAUAAUUACUCUUGGCGGAACCCCUACCCACGACCGGAUCGGUUUCCGUUACUGGCAAACCCCGGGCCCCAUGAACAAAUAUUUAAAGAAUGGCUCCCUUGGUCGAUUCUUGGCAUUCUGGAAGGUCUUUAUCCAAGCUACAUUCAGUUACGGCGGGAGUGAGAUGGUAGUUGUUGCAGCUGGCGAGACAGAAAACCCGCGGCGAAAUAUCCCAAAGGCUGUACGCCGUGUUUUCUGGCGAAUUGCUAUUUUCUACGUCGGUAGUAUUUUCCUCGUUUGUCUCUGUGUCUCUUCGCGAGAUCCCCGUCUUCUCAAUGCCCUCGACUCGGGCGCUAAUGGCGUUGGCGCAAGUCCGUUUGUGAUUGCAAUCGAGAAUGGUAGAAUCAAAGUACUCCCCUCCAUCAUCAAUGCAGUCGUACUUACAUCCGCGCUCUCCGCUGGAAAUUCAUUCUUUUACGCUUCAACUCGGAUUCUCUACGCUACUGCGCUGGAUGGCAAAGCACCUCGAAUCCUUACAUAUGGAAGGUUUGGUGUGCCAUAUGCCUGUGUUGCUGUUUCGGCUGCACUGAGCUUACUGGUAUAUCUCAAUGUCUCAUCGAGCUCGGCUGAAGUGUUCUUCUGGAUUAGUAACCUGAGCUCUGUUAGUACUCUGGUAGUUUGGUCGUCAGUUUCAAUUACAUACAUCCGUUUUUACCAUGGAUUAAAGCACCAUGGCAUUCCAAGAUCAUCACUUCCUUUCCAAUCGCCUUUCCAGCCUUACCUAGCAUACUUUACUGUGAUCUUUUCCUCAACUGUGGCAUUUUUCAAUGGCUUUGAUGCCUUUUUCCCCGGCCAUUUCAGCGCGAAGACUUUUAUUCCUCCAUAUAUCGAUAUCCCAAUCUUUGCCUGUCUGUUUCUGGGCUAUAAAUUGACCAAGGGUACCAAAUUUGUGAAAGUAGACGACAUGGAUCUAUGGUCUGGGAAAGAAGAAGCUGACAGAUUGGAGGCUACUUGGGAGGAACCCAGGCCUCAUAACUUUCUGGAAAGAAUCUGGUUCUGGAUUGCCUAA